AUGGUUGAGUAUAUCCGCCCUAAUUCAUCUAAAAUCAAAAGGUCAGAUCUCUCUGCCGAGCCAAUUCUUCGCCAACAAUUAAUCAUAUCUGCCAACAAACUAAAAAGUAACACACGUUUAACAAGCCCAAUCGCCCUUGUAAAAAAGUCAAUAUCAUCAAGUCGCUCUCCGAAACUUGCAAAUAAUCGCAGCAAAAACUUCUUUAAUCCUCCACAGCCAAAUGUAAAAAUUGACUCACAGAAGUUUGCAAAAGCUCUUCAAGUCUCUCUAAAAAACACCUCAUCCCGUAAGCCCUCCCCAAUAAGAAUAGAAAAAAAUCAAUCUCGGCCUACUAACCCUUUUGUUGUAAAGCCGAGUCAUCGACGAGUAAAAUCUGAUAUCCCGACACUGACUGAAAAAUUAUUAGCCUCUCCAUAUAUAGUAAAAGGAAGGCUUGCAAAUUUCCAGGCUUCAAACCCCAAUCAAAAGCAUUAUAAAAUCCAAGAGCCAAGCGUAAUAAUAUGCCCAUCCCAAGAGCAGACAUUAAAGAAAACACAUAAAAGAAAUCUCAGCGAAGAAGACUCAGACUUACACCGACAAGUUUCUCUUAACCGAAGCAUAGGAGCUACCUUUGAAAAACAUGAAACGCCAAGACGUGAAAAUGACGAAAAUGAACGUCAGAAUCUGAUUUUAGCAAUUAUUUCAGGUUUUCGCAAGACUGGGCUACCGCCUAAGACUGGGACUGAUUUUUAUGACUUAAUAAAACAGCUGGGAAAAGGGUCUUUUGGAAAAGUCUAUUUAGCCUUAAACAGGCUUACAGGCUUAAAAGUUGCAAUAAAAGCUAUACAUAAAGGCAAUAUCAAAGAUGAAAGAAUAAGGCAAAAAGUUUUCCAAGAAGUUUUCGUUAUGAAUAGGAUCCACCAUGUAAAUGUUACAAGGCUAUUAGAAAUUUUUGAAUCAGAAAACCAUAUAAUGAUGGUUUUAGAGUACUCUGAUGGAGGAGAUUUGUUACAAUUAAUUAAAGCAAAAGGAAAAUUGAAUGAAAAUGAAGCAAAAUUUUUGUUUUGGCAGGUGGUUUUGGCUGUAAAAGCCUGCCAUGAUAAAAAUGUGAUACAUAGAGAUAUAAAACUUGAUAAUAUUUUAUUAUCAAAUAAUUUUUCUGUAGCAAAAUUGUGUGAUUUUGGAGUCAGCAGGGUGGCUAAAAGGGACCAAAUCAUAGAUGAACAGUGUGGAACACCUGCCUAUUUAGCCCCAGAAAUCAUUGUAGAUAGAGGGUAUCAGCCAUUUUAUGUCGACUUGUGGAGUAUGGGCGUACUUUUGUAUGCCAUGAUCUGUGGAACGGUCCCAUUUAAAGCUAAAACUCUAGUAGACUUGCAUAAGCUGAUAUUAAAAUGCAAAUAUAGCAUGCCAGACGGCCUAUCAGCUGGAGUCCAGGAUUUAAUAAAAAGGCUGCUUAAUCCGAUUCCUCAUUUAAGAAUUUCUUUGGACGACAUAAUGUCCCAUCCAUGAUUUGAUGACUGUGGGAUAAAAAAUGACGAGGCUUCAACUAAAGCAAAUACAGAAAUGGCUGACUCAGAGGAUGUUGCCAUUGAUAAAAAGAUUUUAAACAAAUUAUUUUUGUAUGGAUUUCCACAAGAUUAUGUAUUAAGGAGCUUAAAAGUCCACGAUAUAAAUCAUGCUACUUGUUGCUACCAGCUUUUAGAGAUGGAUGAAAAAAAUAUAGCCUUAGAUCAUUAUUGGCAAUCCAAUUUAAUUUUCAAAAUUAAUUAGUACUUGUCAGAUUUUUGAGAAGUCAAAGUGAAAAGGGCAAAUCUCCAUUUAUGGUUCUAGCAUGCCCUAAUCAGAUAAGACAGGUGCCUUGGACCAUAUUUUUUCUGGCUGGUAUGAUGAUGGGUUAUAGCGAUCUAUUAUUGUGGAUAAAUUAUAUUUAA